CGUCUAGAUAUUCUCCCCUUCUACACAAAACCACCACGUCCUUCCUAUAAUUUUUAACACAUACCAGAGUCAAAGCACCACAAAAGCAAUCUCAAAAUGGUUGUCGUCGAGAUCAGCAGCCAGGACCAUUACAAUUAGAUCCUCCGAAACAACGAAAUCGUCAUUAUUGACUUCUGGGCUACCUGGUGUGGUCCUUGCUAAGCUAUUAGGCCAAAAAUACCCUGGUGCCUUUUAUGCCGCGGUUGACGUGGAUGAAUUUCCCGGCAUUGCAGAAGAAAAUGGGAUUCGCGAGUUACCCACAUUUAUCGUUUUCAAAAACGGAGAGAAAGCUGGUGACGUCAUAGGAGCUAAUCCUCCCGCCAUUUUAAAGCUUAUCCAGGCACACACGCCGUAA